GUCGCCUCGUGCGGUGAUGUGGAGCGAAUGGGCGCGAAGGCUUGGGCGAUUGGUGAAGCGCGGGUUGCCGAGGAUUCUGACUUCGAGACGCUGAAGACUCUCUUAGCCUCCGACCAUGGAUGGAACCUGGAGUACGAGAGAGACGGCGUCAAGGUCUGGACGGAGGAUGCAGCUCACGGUGCCCUGCGAACUGUCAAGGUGGUGGCUCAGUUCCCGGAUGUGGAGCCGGAAGCUCUAUACGAUGUGCUGCACGAUCCUGAGUACCGGUCCGUGUGGGACACACACAUGCUGGCUGCGGAGGACGCGGGACACAUCAACGUCAACAACGACGUCGGAUAUUACGCCAUGUCAUGCCCGGCACCGCUCAAAAACCGAGACUUCGUCCUGCAGCGCUCAUGGCUCGACACCGGUGAUGAGAAGAUGAUCCUCAACCACUCAGUCUUCCACAAGGACUACCCUCCCAGGAAGGGCUACGUCAGGGCUGUAUCACUUCUGACGGGGUUCGUGGUCCGGACGUGUCAGGGGCCCGGUAGUUGGCUGGGCUACGUGUCGCGUUCAGAUCCUCGAGGAGCUCUACCUGCCUGGCUCGUUAAUAAGGUGACUGCUCAAUUAGCCCCAAGGUUGGUGCACCAGCUCCAUGCGGCUGCUCGCAGGUACCCAGGAUGGAAGGCUCUCACUGAUUACCCCUACCACAAGCCUUGGAGACAUCCCGAACAAGUGCCCUCAUAUCGAAUUAAACUGGAAGACUGUAUAGACCCCGAUGCCCCGCCACCUUUGACGAUAGAGCCCAAACCGAACACAUCCAAAAAAAAAUCUCUGCCACAAGUCCAAGUCAAAGAAGUGGAAAGUCAAAGCGUUGAAGACUUGGGAGAUAUAUCGUCAGAGUUCAGCGUCGAAGUAGAAGAACUAUCCGAUUUAACCCUAGACCCUGGCAAGAAGAAGGGAAAGUUCUACAGACUCGUUAAAUCUAUGAAGAAUAGACGGAAAAGUGUUCAAGUUGCUAAAAGUGCUGACAACUUGGUGGAUCCGAAACCAGAGGAGAAGCCAGAGAGGAAGAAGUCGUUUAAGUUUCAUCGCAGAUUUAGUUUAAGCAGAGGUCGGGAAGAUUAACUUUUAUAUUCUAGGCCCACUUUCACAAUAUAAAUAGAACAGCGUUUAACUAAAACAUCAAUUGUAAGACGAAAGCUGAUUUAGAUUACCAUAGAUAUUUUAAAUAGCUAAAUCGAUUUUAUGUAAUAUUUAAUAUGUUCACCAGAAUCAUUUAUGACCAUAUCUACCAUUUAUGUGAAAUUUCUAAUAAAAUAAUACCCUACAAAAGUGAAAAGUAGUACAAUGCGAUCUUAUAUUUUAUUAAUGUUUUUUUAUUAUUGGGAAUAAGAAACGUUAUCAUCAGGUGGACUUGAGCACUUGAUUAUACAGCGUCAUCUAACAUUAAUAAAAUCUGAUUUAAUCGUAACACUUUUGUAUUACUAAUAAAUAUGUAUUCUUAAUGAUGGACCGUGUUACAAACGCUAUAAAUUUAUUUACAGAAGUGGGCAUUAUUAACAUAAUGGCUUAGACACAUAUUUCAUAAUAUAAAAAUAAAUGUUAUAUCAUGUUAAAUUAAAAAUAGAAUUCGAAUCUUCUUGAUGUUUUUAUAAUAUGUAAAUCGAAGGUCAGAUGAGCUCGUUGGACAGUUGGAUAGUGUUCGGAGGAAUGGAUGUUUACUGCUUUUUCUUCGUGUACAUAUUCCUUAACUAAUGUUUUAAUGAUUGGGAAUGCAAAAAAGUUCAUUUAAUAAGUAUAUUACUCAGUAGAGCUGAUUACAAUGCUCAUUUACUCUUCUUUUUAACCGACUUCAAAAAAGGAGUAGCUUCUCAAUUCGACUUUUUUAAAUUCCAAAAAAAACUUAUUGUAUUAAAUAAUAUUAUAUAUUAACGUAAUAAUUUGGUUACUUUUAGGUACUCAAAUGUUAUUCAAUUCAUUUUACACUACUUCUUAGUGCAUAUUUUAUUGUUUUGGAAUAGUUUUUUGAAGUCGGUUGUUUUUUUUUUGUAAAUUAAGAGAGAGAUUCUUAUGAGUGUGUGACAGUAUCGUAGGAUAUUUCCGUAUGUCAUACAAAUGUUAUGCAGUUGGUAUGGGAUUGCAGUUAAAAGUUGUAUUAUCUUUAUAUUAUGUGUAUAGUCGUAAGCUGUUGACUUUACAUGUGUAUUUUUGGGCCAGUUGCAUUUGAAUCACUAAUGUAUAGUACAUUAACAGUAAUGAAGGUUUUAGAAUAUUUCUUUGAUAAAGACAUAAUAUGACUCUAUGGUAUUAUAAAAUAUAUUUGAUAUAUUAUGAUAUACAUUAUAUAUAUUUGGUAUAUGUAUUAUGUUAAUUUAUAGCUUAUGGUAAUAUAUUAUUUAAAAAAAUAUUAAGAAAUAAGAGAUUGUUGGGGAAAUGCAGAUAUUUGGCCGAAUACCGCAAACUUUAAGACUAUGAUGUUCUUUUAAUAAAAUCAAGAAUAUCAAUCAUGUUUGAGAGGGAAAUCGUAUAAAAUUGACCAAAGAUGUAUCUUAAAUUAUGAACACAAUAUAAUAUAAAGAACAUUGAAAUAAGAACAAGGGUAACAAUUUACCACUAAAAAAUUUGAGUGAUAAUUUAUAUUUUUAAAAUUACACAAUACUUGUAAUAAUUCUUUUGUUGUUUGUUUAUUAUAUAUUGAUAGUACUUGCGCGAUACUGAACAAUUAUGCGUUUAAACAUGUAGAAAUCCAACCUUGUAGCUCUAAGGAUAUUCGAUAUCUGAUACCCGGACUAACAUCUGUCUUAAUGGUAAUCAAUAAACACAUAAUAUAUAUAAUUAUUGUAUCAAAACUAGUUGGAUAUUCAAUAAAUAGGCAAUUAAAUAUAAUAACAGUUAUAAUAUUAACUCAAUCACAAACAUAUUUUGUGUAUGCAUACAUACAGUACCGACUCAAAAUAUUUUUUCUUUGAGAUCGCAUGCCGUAUGUAAAUCGUACUACAAAAAAUUGUUGUACGAUUCAGAUUAUUUUGCAUGUGUAUAUCUGGUUAGAAAAUUUGUGUUGUAAACUUCAUUAUAAUAGUCAUAAUAUUACUGGUAGCUAGCAAAAAUUCUCAAGCCGAUAAUUUGAAGUCGCCUCGCACUUAAAGAUGAAAUUUAUUAUUAAUUGAUAAUAAUUGAUGCUUAAAAAAAUUAAUACAACCACCUCAUGUAAAUUCCAUUCUGUGUUUUUGGUAACAAAAAUUAUUUUAUUUGGAGUAUUCUAGUAAUAUUCCGAGGCAAAUUGUGAUUUGAAAUUUGAACUGAAUUUAACUAUUAACGACCAUAUUACAAUGAUUAAACUAAACGCUUAGUUAAAAGUGUAGUGCAACUGGCCCCAAAUAUCAAACUAAGACAAUAGGUUUAUAAUACCAAUAUGUGAGAUGGAGAACGUAAGAGUUGAAGUAAAUAUGGUUGUUAACAAAAUAGCCUUUGCUAGAGUUUUCGAGAUGUCGUUUUGUAUUUACGAGAGAAAUAGAAAUGUUAUUAGAAGUUGGAUACGUGUUAAUUGUUGACGUAGUUACAAGUAGCUACUUGUAGUGUAAGAUCUCUUAUUUCCUGAUAUAACUAUUACAUAAUAUGUAGAAACAAAACGAUUUUAUUAAGGCCUAGAAGACGAUUCUAAACCCAUAAAACCAUAGACUUAGAAUAUACUAGGGUGUAGACAACGUGACAGUUCGAUAAUACGUGAUGAAUUUUGAUGUGUCAAUGUUUUUUAUGACACUAAGGGAAGAGACGAGCAGGACGUUCAGCUGAUGGUAAUUGAUACGGCCUGCCCAUUACAAUGCAGUGAUUCUUGAAAACUCAAAAAUUCUGAGCGACACUACUCUUGCGCUCGUCAACUUGAGACAUAAGAUGUUAAGUCUCAUUUGCCCAGUAGUUUCACUAGCUUACGGCUUAAUAAUGCUUACACAUUACUGCUUCAGAAAUUGGCGCCGUCGUGGUACCCAUAAUCUAGCACGCGUCCUGUGCAAAGGAGUCUCCCACUGGUAAAAUGUGGACGUUCAGGCUGGUUUGCAUCAUAUUAGCUUUUAUAGUUAAGGUUUAAGUCAAAUUAAACGUUAACAGUAACGCUGACUUUAACAUAGACUGCGGAAUAUGUUACAUCAUCGUAUUCUUUGGCAUAGUUAAGGCUAAAAGUGAAAUAUAUUAAUAUAUUUGAAAAUUUUGUCGAGUCGCUUUUUAAUUAUAGAUUUAGCUAUUUAACACUAACAAUAGCUUUGACCAGCAAAGAUUGGUCAGUUACGGUUAACAGUUAAAGUUAUGACGUGAUCUAAAAAUUGUCAAAUGGUGCAACUUUAUUUGCUUAACAGGUACUUUAACAUGUUUAUUAUUGUUAAAGUGGCUGACUGCUUACGACUUGUCAACCAAAAUUGGUCACAGUAACAAUGGAUUCGCUUUCCUUUUCUAUCUUGCUGUAUUUCCGUUACAGAUCUUCUUCUCCCUCGCAUGCCUUGUCGACUAUCCGCUAGUAUAUUGUAAGACUAUGGUUAAAACAGUUAUCAUAACAACAUGUGGCUGUAAUUACUAUUCCAAUAAUUUUUGUUUCAAUGAUAGAUAAAGAUUGUCGUAUAAAGAGAUUUAUAUGUUUAUCUGUGCAUAUAUUAAUACUUUUCUUCGAUAUUACUCUUAGAUAAUUUAUACGUCGAGAUAGAGCCUCUUGCUGUUAGACAACGGAUGAAAACGGGCCAGGUUUAUUGUUUUAGUGUGCAUGGCAAGCUACCACUUACACAAUUGUUGAAAUAGAGGUUAACUGUUCGCCGCCUUUUUUGACAUGUUCACAUCCGUCACAGUCUAGAUACGUAUAAAUUAUCUGAGCUCUUUUUCAUUGAUAAAUAUGUGUGCGUUUAAAUAAUUUAAAAAAGAGAGGCUUUCGCUUUAAGUGAAGAUUUUAAGAAAUUGAAAUAUUUACACACAAUGACCUUAUGUAGAAUCUGUGAAGACAUAAUGUGUAACUUGACACAGCAUCUUUAAUGUCACACUCAGUCGUUGUAUAAUGAACCCACUGAACUCUACUAUAUACCACUUGACUGGUGGCUGUCAAAGUGCCUUUGUGCCUGUUUGAUAUUCGCCAUUUUGGCGCUGUUGGCCAUAGCGAGAGUCUGCGGUACUAAAACUAGUGAUGACAACCUCAGCAAACAUCGAUAGAUGGUGGAAAACUAUUUACAAAAAAAAAUAUGUUCUUUAUUACGUUGAUUCUUGAAGUAUAAAUAACACAGAAAUCCAACGAAAUUAAUUAAAAUGCAAAAAUACUUCAGAGUAUUGUACGUUCCUUCGCAGCCAUUUGUAUUAUAACAUUAUACAUAUACACAUUAUACAUUAAAAUUAGUUCUCUGGACGCUCGCGAGUGGCGCUUCAAACAGGCACAAAAAUUUGCUUUCAAACAUAUGGAACAGUCUGUCCAGUGGUCAGUGAAUUAACCGUUUACUAAAAAAAAUUAAAUUUUGUUUGAAAUAGUUAUUACAAUAUGGCGAAGAAGUAUAAUUCGGCUAAGUAUGAAAGCGAACGUUUGCUUAAAUCGUAACGGACAUAGGACUCGCCGUCAUCUGUCAAUCUAUCAAUGACUGCACGUUUCAUACAAUCGAGUGAAUCGCUUUUUUCUUAUAGUGUUUCGCUAGGACGCCGUGUACUGAAGUAAUAGCUGCAUAAUGUCGAAUAUCUUUAAUUUAUUUUGAUUUUCAAUGUGUCGUAAUAUAUAAAACCUUCUCUUCUUAACAUUAACACAGAUGGCUGUAAAAUUUUCGCCUGCAGUUGCAUACGUAUAUGUAAAAGUGAUAUCUAUAACUUAAACUUAAUUGGAUCUACAUAUCUUGCAUAAACUUUUAUACUGAUAUUUAUUAUUCUAUAUAAAAUAUUGUAUCUUCCUUUUCUUAAAUAUAAUCUGCAUUUGA